AAGCAAGGUGGAGGCGAAGACUCUCUGGCGCCAUCUGGUCUUCAGGAUUAUACAGUUUCGUUUCUCCAAAAUCCAUGCGUCACUGCAGUGCGUCAGACCAGAAAAAUACAUGGACCCGAAAAAGGCUGUCGUCAUUGGAGUAGGAGCAGCAACAGGAGCAGUAGUUGCUGCGGUCGGGAUUCCUGUUGUUCUGGGUGCUGUAGGUUUCACCACAGCUGGAAUAGCUGCAGGCUCCUGGGCUGCCGGCAUGAUGUCUGCUGCUGCUGUGGCUAACGGAGGAGCAGUGGCAGCUGGAAGUACAGUGGCUGUUUUGCAGGCAGCAGGUGCAACUGGUGUAUCAGGACUUGUCACUGCAGCUGUGUCCAGUGUUGGAGCAGCAUCGGCAUGGCUGGUCAGCAACAUCCAUCGAAAACGUUGAGGGGAGAAGAUGCAUGUGAUAGAUCCAUAUGCAUAUGCAUAUCUAUUGGCCCUUAAAGUGAAAUGAAAUUUCAUCCUUGUGAUGGUGCAAGAGGAGGUCAUCCAUGUCAGUCGGCUUCAUCCUCUGGGAACCAUAAAUACUUCUGUAUGAAAAUUAAAUGUAAAUCCAUCCAAUAGUUUUUUAGAUA